CUUGGCCAAAUGGGCAACCUACCUUACGCGUGCAUCCCGGGUGCGCCUCCCGUCUGCGGCCUGCGGCACAUGGAACUCGGGAAGGGACCUGACCUGAGGUAGGAGGUAGGCGGGGGAGGUAGGUACCUGACUCUGGCCUUACCUCCAAGUGUGCGGCUGCACGCGGUUCGCAUCAAGUGAACACCGCAACCCACUUCGGUUCAUUUGGCACGCACGCACGCACGCAUCCGCCCACCCACCCACCCCUCCACCCAGCGCUGCACUCCACUGCCUCUUCAUCGCGAAUUCUAUGAUGCAGCCGGCUGGCGAUGACACCUCAUCUGGACAUUGCGACCGAAGCAGUCAUCGCGCCGUGGUCCCUGUGGUCCAUGCGAACUGCCUAAUGCACGCUGGGCGACCACUAAGCGAGCGUUUCUUGGUAUAGCUAUCAGUCAACAUGGCGACAGGCUCCGUCAGACCAGAAAAGAUAGCCUGCGCACUGCAGCCCGCCAGCCCGCCAUCCAGAAAGUAUAUCAAUGCGCACAUGCGCCGUGAGGAAAGAAGGCCAUUCAUCCAACCAACCAACCAAGCAAUCGACCACCUGACCUGAAAGCCACGCAUCUCCUCUCCUCUCCGUCGCGACACAAUGCCAGGCCGUUCCAUCUCUGUCGAUGAGCGCGACAUCGAGGUCGAAGCCCCUCGAGCGCCGCUCAAGGCUGUCUCCCACGCAACUCCCUCUGAGGCUGCGCACGAAGUGAAGCCCACCACAACAGAGACACUAGUGGAUGGCCCUACCGAUGACAAUCGGGCACUGGCUUCGCGCAUCUUCGCUAUCAUCAAACGAUACAAACUUCGACCCAAUGAAGAGGAAGUUCCAGAGGCAAAUGCCAGAUUCAUCGACCAGAUCUCCGCCAAGAUUUCGGCGUCGGAACCCAUCUUGAUGUGCCUGCCUGCAUUUCCCUUCAAAUCACCAAAUACUAGCCUGAAGGUCCUGGGAACGCUUCCUGACAAAGCGGAGGAGUUCGCUCUUGCCCACAUGAAUGGCAUGUGUGCUGCCAUCACCCAAAUCUACACACCAGGUGCUGGUCUGAUGAUCAUCUCCGAUGGUCUUGUCUACAAUGACCUUCUCGGUGUUCCGGACAGCUCCGUCUGGGCCUAUGGAGAGACUCUGCGCUCGAUGGCCGUCGAAAAAGGCUUCAACCACAUCCAGUUCUCGCGACUGAAGGACCUCGCCCACAUCAACAUACCAGAUCAGCUGGAUCAGAUCAAGUACAUUUCGAACGCGACCAACUUUCGCCAUGCCUUGCUCUCGCAAUUCGGAAAUCCAAACUUCGACGCCUCGGCGAAAAUACACGAAGAUGACGAUACCUGCCUGACGUAUCGGGGCUAUAUUAAGUUCCUGAUGACGGACUUGCAAGACGUAUAUCCUGUGGGAACAAGCAUGUCAAAGUCUCAAUACAAGAAGGGCGUCGAAUAUGUGGCCAAACAGAUGCUGUUCAGAGGUGAUGCUUUUGCGAGUGCGGUGAAGGCGACAUUCUCCCACUACAUCCGACUGUCGAUCCACCCGUCCAAUGCAUCCUCGGACAAGAAGAUAUCUAUCAGCCCGCUGCCUACCGACACAUCUUUCUCUACGCCAUGGCAUUGCUGCAUCGCAUUCAGACUCGACGGCACCACGACUACCGGCCAUCGUGCGGAUUUCGAGGCCGACGACCGCUAUGAGCUCGUACACGAGAACGGUAAACCCAGCUUCUUCCGAGAGAAGACCGAUUUGCUUUCAUGGGGCCAAGAGCGUGGUGGCAUCGACUGCGAGCCUUUGUAUCCAGCUGGACUCAUGAUUCGACCCCGCGCUGGCGCCAAUGCUCUGUCGAUCAAGGACGUCGAUGGCCCGAAGCUGCGUGCCUUGGCACAGCUGAACUCGCCUGUCAUACUGCGUGACUUUGCUCAAACACGAGACCGGGAGCUUUUUGUCCAAAAGUCGUACGACCUCGGCGCACCGACUAGCUGGAAGUUCGGACUGGUCUUGGAAGUCAAGGACGCUGGAAGCGACAGCCGCGGACUCAACAACGUGCUGUCCGCCGAGUGGAUGCCCUACCACUACGAUGGACUUUUUAAGACCGAGAAGCGCUCGCUUCCGGAUGGAUCCGAAGAGCUUGUUUCGACGCCACCACGAUUCCAACUGUUCACAUCCGUGACCAAAUCACCACCCAACACCGGCUACACACUCUUUUCAUCUUCUACCUUGGUCUUCCGCCACCUGCCGAAAGAUUUGCCCGUGGAGCGUCUGCGAAAUCUGACUUGGAACGUGUCAACAGCAUCAUUCAACGCCACCAAACUUCGUGGGCUGCCUCUUGUGGUAGAUCAUCCAGCUACCGGUCAGCCAUGCUUGCGCUUCCACGAGCCUUGGCCACAGUCACGCACCGCUUUCGAACCCACCCACAUUGAGAUUGAGAACGCUGGAGACGACGAGAAGUGGGACAGCGAAGCCAUUUGCAACGCCUUGACCGACGUGCUGCAUGAUCGACGUGUCGCGUAUUGGCACUCGUGGCAGAAGGGUGACUUGCUCGUCAGCGACAACAUUUUGGCCCACCACACUCGCAGCGAUUUCAACGCUGGUAGCGAUCGGGAGCUGUGGAGAAUCCACUUUGAUUAAGCGCAUGGCGCAUGCUUGUCGCAUCAAUCGGGACCGUGCGGGGGUUUCCUCUUUCCAAAUAUGCAUACUGUUCGGGAGUUGUGUUGUGGUUUUCAAGCUAAUUUGUAUGUGUAUGUAUAUAUAUGUGUCAGGCAAACAGUAUACAAUUUCAUGAAGCACAAAAAGUUUCCCCUCAUCUCUCCUCAUCACUUGGCGACCAUGUACCUUUCCAUCUAUCGGUAAGAAGCAGGAUCCACUGUACGUCCCGCUUGGUCGCAAUCUUCGGGGUUGUUCCCCACAUUCUGGGCACAUGCCGAGUAACCCUCGACAUCAGUGUACACUCCACUCGUCCCAUCAGGACUUCCCUGCUGCAGCGCACUAUUCAACACACUCGAACCACUCGCACCCGGACCCAACGUGACAUUUCCAUUCACAAACACAGGCUGCGCAGUAGCAUUAUUAAAAUAAUACGUAUUCCUCUGGCACAAUCUACUCGGCAAGAUGAUUGGCUGGUUAAUCAAAUGUUUAAACGUGCCUGCACUGUAGCGAGGUGCAUUCGUGGAUGCGAAAGUGCUGUCGAAGGCUUCUGGAUAAACUCCUGGACCGGAAAUCGGGUUGGGAACGAUGGCCCAGGCGACUUUGGUGCUGAGGAGUCCUGCGCCGGCGGACUGGUAGGCGGCGUUUUGCGGUUGGAAUUGACCUAGUCGGACGGGGUUGCCGGCGAAGAGGAGAGGGGAGGCGACGGCGGGGACGAGACCGUUGGGGAGAGGACCGUUUUCACCGGCGAUGUAUGAACUGGCCUGCGCAGCCAAAGGAGUCGAACUUCCACCCUUGGACACAUACGUCACAUAAAUCGUUCCCUGGGGAAGUGCCCCAUCGAUCUGCAGAGCCGAAAUUCGAAUAUCAUCCGUAUACCCCGUCGUAACCAACACCGGUUGAUAACCGCUGGGGAAUCCAUCGGGAAACACAUUCGGGUCCGAAGGCACAUCCAACAAAGUCAGGCCGUAGCCCGGAAAACUGGCGUCUACGGCUUUUUGUGCGGCGGCUUUGGGCACGGGGACGAUGAACCAGGUGGAGUUUGAACUCAUGGUGCGGAGAUUGGGGUUGAAGGCUGCCACUUGGUUGUUGCAUUGGGCAGUGGUGAGGGUUGCGAGACUGCUGAGUGUUGCCGCGAGGGCGGUGGCGGAGGGGAGGUAACGCAUGAUGGGCGUUUAGGAUGGGGGAGAGCGAGUGGUCGGUCCCAAGGAAGAGAUGGGGGAGUGAGGGAA